CGAUAAAGUUUAUCAAUAUUUAUUUUUUGAACAAAGAUGUAAUCUCUCUGUUUUUUGGCAAUUCCUCAGUUUCAUGUAUUCACAACUUUGUUUUGCUUUGUUUAUUAUAUACUCAGUGUAGAAAAUUAAUCUGAAGAAUUGGCCUCCUAUUUUCUAUCAGGCUUACAACUUUUAGUCGGUUUGAUAGUCUUAGGGUUAGUGUUUGCAAGACCUAAGCAUAAAGUGAGAAAAAUUUACAUAUUAUGCUUUGUCUGUUUGUUCGUUGCGAUAUAAGUUUACUUAUUGGUAGAGAAUUUUAGAAGGGAAAACUGUUUGGUGCUAUUUAUAUUAGAAUUUUUCUCCAUAGAAAUGAUAUUUUCUUUGGUUAUUCUCCCAAAUAAGUUAAUUGGAAUAGUCCUACAGGUUCAGGUAUACUUAAUUGCAAUUUGUUUGGAUCUGAUGUCAUUUUAUAUAUAUUAUUAUAUGGAUAAGUUUAACUUAAACAGAUCCAUUUCGAUUUUAGGUUCAAGUGUAAUUGAGAUGAUUACAUUGAUAUUGUGUAUAGUGUGUCAACUGAACCCAUAGAAAAGAUUGGCUGAUGAAGUGCAUCUCAUUAUAGGAUUUUACAUCUUUUGUGAACUCUUUGUCUGUUGUACUUUCGUAGCCGAAUGUGUUAGUUAAGGAGUGAAUGCAUUCCUAAUAGGAUUAACAAUUUUGAAAAUAUCUAAUAUAUUCUUGGAUUUCAUACUCUAUCCCUUUGUGAAAUUGAAUUACCCUGAGAAUUAGAUAAAGCCAGGAAGAGUUGAUAUAGAAAACCCCCCUUAGAAAUCAGAGUUAAGAAGUGUGGCAACAAGAGAGACGCUUAGUGAUGAUUAGAAUAGCUUAAAGAAAGAUGCAGAGGAACCUGUUCGCAUAGAAAGGAAGGCUUGUCCAUCAAUUUAAUGGAUUUAGGAUUUAUUAAAAAUUUAUUGA